AUGAUUUGUAAGAAAACAGAAAACCCUGUUAAUCCUGCUCCACCAAAGUUGAGUGUAAAUAGUGCUAAUGUUAGUAAAUCAAAUGUUAAUUCUGGGAAAUCUCAUAAUGAUUCUAAAGGUGCUGUUAGUAAAGGUGAUUCCCCAGUAGUUAUGACUGCUUCUUUGGGAAUUGAUCAUUCUCAGACUAAUAAGAUUUCUGUUUCGACUGCUCUUCCUACUGCUAAUGUAAUUGUGUCAGGGAAUGGACAUCGUUCCUUGGAGAGAGCACUCUUUGAUUCUGGUGCGCAAAGAACGUUUAUUGCAACGGAAUUAGCCCAUAAGCUUAGUCUAUCGUCCAUAGCAACAGUAGCCUUAAAGGUAAAACCAUUUGGCAGUGAUGGGAUGGAAGUUAAUUGUAAUAUAGUAAGAGUUGUGGUGAGACUAGAUGAAGUAAAUGGUAUAGAAUUAGUCAUUGGAGCUGAUUACUAUGGAAAAUUCAUUCAGAACAGUCAAAUUUGCUCUGGAAUACAGAUAUUGAAUAGUUCUGGUGGUGCACUAAUUUUUGGACCUCUUCCUAGUUGGUCUUAUGACAAUGUAGAAUCUAAUGAGAUUACUACAUCAAAUGUAUGUUGUUCAGGAAUAGAAGUAGAGGAAAUCCCUAUUAAUUCUUGUUGUGAAGUUCGAAAAUUAUGGGAUUUAGAAAGUGUUGGUAUUCGUCAAUCUGAAAUUAGUCCUGAAGAAAGAGAAUCAGUUAAGUGUUUUAAGGAUAAAGUAAAAAGGGUUGACAAUAAAUAUGAAGGGUCUUUACCAUUUAAAGAUGAAAGUAGACCGCUUGUUAAGUAUAGAAUAGCCAUUGGUCAAUUAAAUUCCUUGUUACAUAGAUUCGAAUCUGGCCCCUCCUUGUAUGCUCAUUACGAUAAGAUUAUCAAAGAUUACGUUCAGUCUGGGUUUAUAGAAUUAAUUCCUUCAGGCUCCCCUAUUAUAGGGCAUUAUUUACCCCACAAUGCUGUACUGAAGGAUUCAGAAACAACUCCCAUUCGAAUAGUUUUUAAUGCUUCUUCAAAGGCUAAAGGAGAACUUUCCUUAAAUGAUUGUUUAAUAACUGGUCCCUCAUUAACUACUAAAUUUUUCGAUGCCCUGUUGAGUUUCCGUACAAACCCAGUAGCUGUGAUUUCAGAUAUCAGUAAAGCCUUUUCAAGGAUAGGCAUUUACCCGACUGCCGUGAUUAUUGCAGAUUUCUAUGGAUAA